AUGGAUGCUAUUAAUAUUGCCGUAAAGAAGGCUAUUAAUAUUGAUAUUGUUGAACCUGACGAUAAAAUGCCUUUUAUGGAGCGUGACACCGAUCGGGCAAUUUCAAGGAUUAUAAGAAAUAUUAAGAAUCAUCUUAAAGGUUCUAACUCCAAAGCAGAUUUUGACAUUCUUGUCAGUGGUGGAGCUCCUGGAAUAGGUAAAACUCGGUUCGGACAGGAACUAUUCAAACAACUGGAAAAUAACCAGAACGAUUGGGUCCCUUCUAAGUGGACAAAUCUACAACUUAAAGAUCUCUAUUUAGACUUUGGUAAUGGCUGUCAACUUGAUUCAUAUGACGAUGAACUAACUCCAACAGUCAUCAUCGGGCUGCGGAUUGCCUAC